CAGAGAAAAGAGGCCUCUGCUAGCAGGGAACUCCCUCGUGGUCUUUCAUUUUAAUGACUCCCUGUGUUUCUUGCCUCGUUUUCAUGUUGGCCCAGUCUCCGCUUAUGUUGGGACGCCUUUCGGUUUUUUCUUUCACCGGGAAAGGAAAAAAAACAAACACAGAAAAGACAUUUCUGCGCUAUCGUUGAUAACUUACAGUAAUCAAUGGUCUUAGUGAAAUAACACAGUAAUGUUUUGAACACUGGCUGAAUGGACAAGUAUUUAGUGAAGAAGAGGAAUUCAUCUUCAGGUGAUGUUAAAGAACCAACAGCUAAGAGACAGAUAAUGGCACUGAGUGAUAAAGGUGAAGCAGCAUAUGAAAACACAAGGGUCAAGGAGGUUAAGGGCGACUUGUUCACAUCCCCACCAAAUGAGUCCCUAGCUCACUGCAUUAGUGCAGACAUCAAAAUGGGAAAAGGAAUUGCAGUAUUGUUCAAGAAGAAGUUUGGUGGAGUUGAUGAAUUGCAUAAACAAGCUCAAAAGCCAGGGGGUCUUGCAGUGUUGAAAAGAGGACCAAGGUUUAUUUACUAUCUUGUCACCAAGGAAAAGUUCUGGCAAAAACCAACAUAUGAAACUUUACAGCAGUCCCUUGUUGCCAUGAGCAACCAUGCAAUGGAACAUGCAGUUACAGACAUUUCAAUGCCAAUGAUUGGAUGUGGUCUGGACCAGCUUCAGUGGUCUAGGGUGCUAAAUAUUAUCAAGGAUGUAUUCAAAACAAGUGGUAUUUUCAUCACUAUCUACAGGCUGUAGAAAUGGGAUUAAUAGAGAUUAGAAAAACUAUGCUAAGUCAUGCUUUUGAUACCUGGCAUCCAUCUACAGCUGGUAUUAUCAAGGCUUGUGAGCCAUGGCUUGGUAAAAUAGUGCUGAGUCAUCACCGAGUAUUCAUAGGGAGAUGAGGGGUGUUCCAUAUUUUAGGGCUCGAUUUCCAGGUUGUUUCUGUGAGCCCGCAGUAUGGGAUGCCAUGAUGAGGCCUAGCAUGGCUGGAAAUAGGUAGAGAGCCUAUUGCACCUUGUGUGACUCUUUGGGUGUAAAAUUGAUGUAGUUAUUUUAUUAUUGUUAAGUUGCUAUUGAUACAUAGAAAUAACCAAUAGCUAGUAAAUUCGGGCCGUAGAGAAUUUGAUUAAAUAAAUCAUGAAACCUUG